AUGGGGGAGGGGAGCACAGGGCCAGGACCCAGGUCCUUGGAGACUCGAGCCCAAUGAGCCCAGGGAGGGCCGGUUUGGGGCGGCAGGAGGUGAGGGCCGAGUCUGGCCCUCCUACUUCCCAGCCGCUUCUCCUCCCGCAUCCCCACGGUAUCCCUGUCCUAUCAGAAGCGGGUUCAAUUAGGCUUUCCCCUCGGAUUCCUCUGCAGGACUGAAUCAGGACUUACUCGAAGUUGCCGCGGGGCCUUCCGAUCCCCUAGGCCAUUGCCCAAAUCUGGCCAGGCUGAUCAGACCAGUGAGGAGUCUCUGCACCUUGACAUUCAGAAACUGAAGGAGAAGAGGGACAUGCUGGACAAGGAGAUCUCCCAGUUCAUAUCUGAAGGCUACAGUGUGGAUGAACUGGAGGACCACAUUACCCAGCUUCACGAGUACAAUGACAUCAAGGAUGUGGGGCAGAUGCUGAUGGGCAAACUCGCUAUGAUCCGAGGUGUCACCACCAAAGAGUUGUAUCCAGAGUUUGGUCUGGACAUGAAUGACUGAGCAGCACCCAGGAACAGUGUGGCCAUGAUAAACCCUGAGAGCCCAACCAGCACACCUACAGAGUUUCCAGUGAGAAAAUGCCAGAAGCACUUUUCUAGAGAGCCCAAGAUGAAUCAGGAGGAGCCUAGAGGAGAGGAGGGCCGGGAGGAAGGGGCGUUCCCAGCUCCAAGGUUCCUGAAAUGUCGCAGUGAUACUUGUAUAGGGGUACAUGUAUUUUAUUUGUCAAUAAACGGAUACUGAUUCCCU